AUGGAAAGACUGCUCUGUAGCCUCCUGGUGAUUGGAAUGGCAACGUCAGUGUGCGCUUGUCCCAAGUACUGCGUAUGUCAAAACCUCUCCGAGUCGCUGGGGACGCUCUGCCCUUCCAAAGGCCUUCUGUUUGUCCCUCCGGAUAUAGACCGGCGGACAGUUGAGCUGAGGUUGGGAGGCAAUUUCAUCAUUGCUGUAAACCGGCAAGACUUUGCCAACAUGAGUGGGCUUGUUGACCUGACCCUGUCCCGGAACACCAUUGACUACAUCCAACCCUUCUCAUUCAUAGAUUUGGAGAGCCUCCGCUCCUUGCACCUGGAUGCUAACAGGCUAACGGAAAUUGGGGAGAAUGUUUUCCGGGGCUUGCUGAACCUGCAGCAUCUGAUCUUGAACAACAACCAGCUCCGCAGGGUGGAAGAGGGAGCUUUGGACGAUUUCCUGAUGACUCUGGAGGACCUGGACUUUUCUUACAACAACCUGGGCCGCCUGCCGUGGGAAGCCCUCAGCAAAAUGAUCAACCUCCACACGCUGAGCUUGGAUCACAAUCUCAUCGACUACAUCCCGGAGGGAACCUUCACUGACCUGCAGAAGCUGGCCAGGCUGGACCUGAUCUCCAACAGGCUGCAGAAACUAGCCCCGGACCCCAUAUUUGCCAGGACGGAGUCACUGCCAAUGUCCACCACGCCGUUCUCCGCACGGCUCAGCUUGACUCUGGGUGGCAACCCCCUCCACUGCAACUGUGAGCUCCUCUGGUUCCGCCGGCUGAACAGGGAGGACGACAUGGAGACCUGUGCCUCGCCACCGAACCUGAAAGGGAGGUACUUCUGGUACGUGUCGGAGGAGGAGUUUGUGUGUGAGCAGCCGCUGAUCACCCAGCACAGCCUCAAGGUCCUCGUGCUGGAAGGCCAGAUGGCAUCACUGCGGUGCAAGGCCAUUGGGGACCCUCGGCCUGUCAUUCACUGGGUUGCCCCUGAUGACAGGAUCCUGGGCAACUCCUCCAGGACUGUCAUCUAUGACAAUGGCACCCUAGAUAUCCUCAUUACCACCUCCCAAGACUACGGCACCUUCACCUGCAUUGCGGCUAACGCGGCCGGGGAGUCCACUGCCCCUGUCGAGCUCUCUAUCGUUCAGCUGCCCCACCUCAGCAACGGCACAGGCCGGGCCCUGCAGCCAGAUUCCCGGCUGUCUGACAUCACCAGCUCCAGCAAAUCACAUCGGGGCGCAGCCAAAGUCAGGCCAGAGAAGAGAGUCACGGUGUCUCAGGUGACGGCCAGCACUGCCCUGGUCAGGUGGUCCCUGGGACGGUCGGCGCCCAAGGUUAAAAUGUACCAGCUGCAGUACAACAGCUCAUCGGAUGAUGUGCUGGUCUACAGGAUGAUCCCAGCUACAAACAAAGGCUUCGUGGUGAAGAACCUCGUGGCAGGAUCUGGCUACGACCUGUGCGUGCUGGCCAUCUGGGACGACACGGCCACCACGCUCACUGCCACCAAUGUGGUGGGCUGCGUCCGCUUCGUGACGCCGGUGGACUACGGCCGCUGCGCGUCCUUCCACGGCCAGUUCCUGGGCGGCACCAUGAUCCUGGUGGUGGGCGGCAUCAUCGUGGCCUCCCUGCUCAUCUUCAUCGUGGUGCUGAUGCUGAGGUACAAGCUCUGCCACGGCCAGCAGAAGAUGUCCGACGUGAGCGACGUGUAUUCCCAGACUCCUACAGCCUCCACCCAACCUGUCCACAACGGCGUCCUGCCCCAGUUGACGCAAAAGCCGGGCCCCGCCCGGGACGCCACGGCAAAUUUUGACUGCUCCUCUCUACGGAGCAGCCUCUCCUCCUCGACCGUCUCCAGUCAAGACUGUUACAGCCUCCACAGCAAUUCCAGCACCCUCUCCAAAAAGUGGAGGUCCACGUCCAGGUCCCGGCACAACAUCGACCGGCUGAUGGGAGCCUUUGCCUCCCUCGACUUGCGUUGUCAGAGGAAAGACGACAGUUAUGAGUCCAGGGCUUCCACCUUGGCCCGCUACUCGGACAAAGAGCCGCUGCUGGGCCGGAGCGAGUCACGGCUCAACAAGCUGCUCACACUGCCAAUGGAGGGCAAGGCUCGGCGCAGCCAGUCCUUCGACAUGGGCGACUUCUCCUCCAGCCACUGCUACAGCUACCCCCGGCGCAUCACCAACAUCUGGACUAAGAGGAGCCUGUCGGUCAAUGGCGUCCUGGUGCAGUAUGACGAGGACGGCUUGGAGAUCACCCGGGGGGCGUGCUGCAGCUCGGACUGGGUGAUGGAGAGCACGGUAUAG